AACUGAAAUUUCUAAAUGGAGUCGGUCAAGGUUGGCCAAAUGAAACCCAGUUGGUUAAUUUAUUGAGUAACACACACUAAAGUUUAAAUAAAAGAACUGAAAUUUAUAGUGAUGGAUUGCCAGAAAGGAUAAGAAAGUGAGCAAAAUCAUGAGCUACUCCUAUGUUUAGCCCAAAGAAAAUCUUGCAGCAAGGUUCCCCUUUUCUCUUCCCUCUUUUUCUAACCUUUUUUUUUUCUUUCCCACAGUACAAACAAUCAACUAAAUUGAAAAAUUGAAUAAAAGGGUGUUAUAUUCCUUGAUAAUCACAGUCCACAGGGCCAUGAAAUUCUAGGCUCUUUCACAUCAUCCUCAUUCAUCGAAUCAAAGAGGUCCCAUUUUUCUUCCUUCCUCUCCCCACCAAAGAGGUGCCCACCACCACCUUUCAUGGCAGAAAAAAGGCCAAAUGAAACCAAAAGCUUCCAAAUCAUCCCCACAAACAUUGAAGAUGAUAGUAGUAAAAAGAAAUUGGCACCCAAGAGAAGUUCAACCAAAGACAGGCACAAGAAGGUGGAUGGGAGGGGGAGAAGAAUACGUAUGCCGGCGCUUUGCGCGGCUCGGAUUUUCCAAUUGACGAGGGAACUGGGCCACAAAUCAGAUGGAGAGACAAUCCAGUGGCUUUUGAAUCAGUCCGAGUCGUCGAUUAUCGCUGCCACGGGCACGGGGACGGUUCCUGCUUCAUCACUUGCAGUUUCAGGGCACUCUGUUUUGGAACAGGGGAACUCUGUUUCCAUUGGUUUGGAAAACAGGACUCAUUGGAAUAUGUUGAAUAAUGGUAACUUGAGUAGACCAACACACACAGCAGCUGGGUUUUGGCCAUCUGUACCUGGGUUUGGAAUUCCUGCACCAAAUUCGGUGAGCGAAAGUCCAAAUUUGGUAUCGAAAUUCGGGUUUCAUGGAUUCGAAUUUGCGAAUAUGAAUUCAGGACCAAUCGGGUUCUCGACGAUUUUGAGUGGGAAUUACCAAAGCCUUCCUGGGUUGGAGCUGGGACUUUCUCAAGAGGGUGAUCAUAUUGGGGCCAUGAAUAAUUCUCAAGCAUUGAACCACCAGUUUUACCAGCAGAUGGGGCACGGCCGAGGUGGCGGUCUGGUGAACCGGCAGCAGCGUAAUCAUGAUGAGGAUGAUGAAUCAGAAGGAUCAAAGUAGUAGGAUUUUAGACUAUGGAACUUCCUACGAAAAUUUGAUUUGAGGAUUUUAUCUGCACCUUUGUUUGUUGGAUAGUUCAAUCCAAGCCUGGAGAUCAGGUACUACAAUUAGUAAUUAUGCAUACGAAUUUCGGUUUUUCAAUAGCUGAUCAUGCCAGUAUCCUUUUGGGUUGCUUGAUUGCAGUUUGAACUGCAAAGAAACAAUUUGGGUUGAUGAUUGAUUCUAUUUCCUCUUAAGUACAUCAGAAUUUUUAAGGUUUGUUAUUGUAUGCACUGUACCAUUGAAGGCAAAAUCAGUUGCUUUUUCUUACUA